AUGGUCAGAAUCACCUACCUCCUGCUAUGCGUGGGCAUCGCCCUAGCCCUACCGGUAGCCAAACGGGACAACGCACCAGUGCCCAUUCCGGGAAAAUAUAUUAUCACCCUCAGGCCGGGAGUGGCACCCUCUUUUGAGACCCACCUGUCUUGGGUGAGAGACGUGCAUACUCGGAGCCUCUCGCGCCGUGACGAAUCUGGAAUUGAGAAGGUCUACUCUGCCCUUGAUUUCCAUGGCUAUGCAGGGUCCUUUGACGAGGAGACCAUAGCUCAGAUCAGGGCCAACCCUGAUGUCUACUCCGUAGAACAAGACCAAACCUUCCACCUAACCUACCACCUCCCCUCCCAACCCCGCCCUCGCCAAACAGGCCUCACCACCCAGAAAGACGCACCCUGGGGGCUGGGUAGUAUCUCCCACCGAGCCCCCAACUCGACAGACUACAUCUACGACAGCCGUGGCGAUGCCGGGGACGGGUACACCGCCUACGUCGUCGACACCGGCAUCCGCACCACCCACAAUGAGUUUGAGGGGGGUAGGGCCAUCUUUGGGUAUAACGCCUACCCUGACGCGGACAGCGAUGAGGACAAUAUUGGACAUGGAACGCAUGUCAGUGGGACGAUUGCUGGGAAGAUGUACGGGGUUGCGAAGAAGGCGAGGGUGGUGGCGGUGAAGGUUUUUGAUUGGGGUUCUUCGACAACCUCCAUCGUCCUCGACGGCUACCUCUGGGCAGUAAACAACAUCACCACCCCCGCCAAAUCAGUCAUCAACCUCUCCCUCGGCGGUCCCCAAUCCGACGCCGUCGACUCCGCCAUUGCAGCGGCAUACUCCGCUGGUAUUCUCACCGUCGUCGCCGCAGGGAACGACGGCCGUUCCUCUGACAAUGGGUGGGGCAGUCCGGCCUCAGCUCCUGAGGCGUUGGCGGUGGGUGCGGUGGAUGUGGAAAAUGUCAGGCCUAGCUUUAGCAACUGGGGGCCGGGGGUGGACAUCUGGGCUCCGGGGGUGAUGGUGAGAAGCGCGUGGAAUUGGGAUGAUGGUGAUUAUCUUGAGGUGGAGGGGACUAGUAUGGCUAGUCCGCAUGUUGCGGGGUUGGUGUUGUAUCUCAGGAGUUUGGAGGGGGGAGGUCAGGGGGGGUUGGUGGGGGCGGUGGUGGAUAAGGUUAGGGAGUUGGGGACUAAGGGGGUGGUGAAGGAGGCGGGAAGGGGGAGUGUUAACUUGUUGGCUUAUAACGGGAAUGGUGCUUGA